ACCAGCCUGUUUCAGCCCCCUCGUCGUCCUGGCCUUGGGACUGUUGGAAAACCAAUUCGAUUGUUAGCCAAUCAUUUUCAAGUUCAGAUUCCUAAAAUAGAUGUGUAUCACUAUGAUGUAGAUAUUAAACCAGAAAAACGGCCUCGUAGAGUCAACAGGGAGGUGGUAGAUACAAUGGUACGACACUUCAAGAUGCAAAUAUUUGGUGACCGGCAGCCUGGCUAUGAUGGCAAAAGAAAUAUGUACACAGCGCAUCCACUGCCAAUUGGACGGGAUAGGGUUGAUAUGGAGGUGACCCUUCCAGGUGAAGGUAAAGACCAAACCUUUAAAGUGUCUGUUCAGUGGGUAUCAGUUGUGAGCCUUCAGUUGCUUUUAGAGGCUCUGGCAGGACAUUUGAAUGAAGUCCCAGAUGACUCAGUACAAGCACUUGAUGUUAUCACAAGACACCUCCCCUCUAUGAGGUACACUCCUGUGGGCCGCUCCUUUUUCUCACCUCCUGAAGGUUACUACCACCCUCUGGGAGGGGGCAGGGAGGUUUGGUUUGGCUUUCAUCAGUCUGUGAGACCUGCGAUGUGGAAUAUGAUGCUCAAUAUUGAUGUAUCUGCAACUGCUUUCUAUCGGGCUCAGCCUAUCAUUGAGUUCAUGUGUGAGGUUUUAGACAUUCAGAACAUCAAUGAACAGACCAAACCACUAACAGACUCCCAGCGUGUCAAGUUUACCAAAGAAAUAAGAGGUCUUAAAGUUGAGGUGACCCACUGUGGACAGAUGAAACGAAAAUAUCGAGUCUGUAAUGUGACUAGACGGCCAGCCAGUCAUCAAACAUUUCCUCUACAGUUAGAAAACGGUCAAGCUAUGGAAUGUACAGUAGCUCAAUAUUUUAAGCAAAAGUAUAGCUUGCAAUUGAAAUAUCCUCAUCUUCCCUGUCUCCAAGUAGGACAAGAACAAAAACAUACAUACUUGCCACUUGAGGUCUGUAAUAUAGUGGCAGGACAGCGUUGUAUAAAGAAGCUCACAGACAAUCAGACAUCCACUAUGAUCAAAGCCACAGCAAGAUCUGCUCCUGACAGACAGGAAGAGAUCAGCAGACUGGUGAAGAGUAACAGCAUGGUGGGUGGACCUGAUCCAUACCUGAAAGAAUUUGGUAUUGUUGUCCAUAAUGAAAUGACAGAGCUCACAGGCCGAGUGCUCCCAGCACCAAUGCUGCAAUAUGGAGGCCGGAAUAAAACCGUAGCCACACCCAACCAGGGUGUCUGGGACAUGCGGGGAAAGCAGUUUUAUGCUGGCAUCGAAAUUAAAGUUUGGGCAGUUGCUUGUUUUGCACCUCAGAAACAAUGUAGGGAAGAUUUACUAAAGAGUUUCACUGAUCAGCUACGUAAAAUUUCCAAGGAUGCAGGAAUGCCCAUUCAGGGUCAGCCAUGUUUCUGCAAGUACGCCCAAGGCGCAGACAGCGUGGAGCCCAUGUUCAAGCAUCUGAAAAUGACAUACGUGGGGCUGCAGCUGAUAGUAGUUAUUUUGCCCGGGAAGACACCUGUCUAUGCGGAGGUGAAACGUGUUGGAGAUACCCUUCUGGGCAUGGCCACCCAAUGUGUCCAAGUGAAAAAUGUUGUGAAGACCUCACCCCAAACCCUUUCUAAUCUUUGCCUGAAGAUCAAUGCAAAGCUUGGUGGAAUUAACAAUGUACUCGUACCUCAUCAAAGGCCCUCGGUGUUCCAGCAGCCAGUCAUCUUCCUGGGAGCAGAUGUCACACACCCCCCUGCAGGGGAUGGGAAGAAGCCUUCCAUUGCUGCUGUCGUUGGCAGUAUGGAUGGCCACCCCAGCCGAUACUGUGCCACUGUUAGGGUGCAGACCUCCCGACAAGAGAUCUCCCAGGAGCUCCUCUACAGUCAGGAGGUAAUCCAGGAUCUAACUAACAUGGUUCGUGAGCUGCUGAUUCAGUUCUACAAAUCUACCCGCUUCAAGCCCACUCGGAUCAUCUAUUACCGUGGAGGGGUUUCUGAGGGACAAAUGAAACAGGUAGCUUGGCCGGAACUAAUAGCAAUUCGAAAGGCAUGUAUUAGCUUAGAAGAAGAUUAUCGACCAGGAAUAACCUAUAUUGUGGUACAAAAAAGACAUCACACACGACUCUUCUGUGCAGAUAAAACAGAAAGGGUGGGGAAAAGUGGUAAUGUACCAGCAGGCACUACAGUAGACAGUACCAUCACACAUCCAUCUGAGUUUGAUUUUUACCUCUGUAGUCAUGCAGGAAUUCAGGGAACCAGCCGUCCUUCACAUUACCAGGUCCUGUGGGAUGACAACUGCUUUACUGCCGAUGAACUUCAGCUACUGACUUACCAGCUGUGUCACACAUAUGUGCGAUGCACACGCUCAGUGUCUAUUCCUGCCCCUGCAUACUAUGCUCGGCUUGUAGCAUUUAGGGCAAGGUAUCAUCUGGUGGAUAAAGAUCAUGACAGUGCGGAAGGCAGUCAUGUGUCAGGACAGAGCAACGGCCGAGAUCCUCAGGCCUUGGCUAAGGCUGUACAGAUCCACCACGAUACCCAGCACACAAUGUAUUUUGCCUGA